AUGCCAUCGGCUUCGGCAUCUGGCUCGGACGCCAAACGCGGAGGUGCGACGUCGCGCGACCAUAAGCAGGGCAACCAGGAUCGCAAGUACACGGAUGACCAAAAGGCUGCUGUGCUUCGGAUCCGAAAAUGUCAGCCUACGGCGUUUUAUGAAAUUCUGCUGGUCGAGCGCUCGUCAACGGACAAUGAGAUCAAGAAGGCGUACCGGAAACAGAGUUUGUUGACGCAUCCCGAUAAGAACGGGUAUGAAGGCGCGGAUGAGGCGUUCAAGAUGGUCUCGCGUGCUUUCCAGAUCCUCUCCGACGAGGAGAAGAAGUCCAAGUACGACAAAUUUGGCGGCGAUCCUGAUAGCAGGUUCCAGCCCGGACCGAGCGCUUCGAGCGGCGCAUCCCCCUUCGGUGGGUUCGGCGGUGGUGGAUUCCCCCGCGGUGGUCAAAGAUUCGACGAGGAGGUCUCAGCCGAGGAGAUGUUCAACCGGUUCUUCAACGGUGGAUUUGGUGGAAUGGGCGGUGGUGGAUUCGGCGGUCCGCAAUUCGUCUUCAACAUGGGAGGCGGCCCAGGAUUCCGAGUGCAUCAAUUUGGAGGCCAGGCGCCCCGCCGCCGGCCUCGCGCAGCAGCCACUGAGCAGGAAGCUCAGAUUGAUGGCCGCAGUUUCCUUCGUCAGCUAUUGCCGCUUAUUCUUCUAUUCAUCCUGCCGCUCCUCUCCUCUCUCUUCUCUGGUUCCUCAACCCCAUCCGGACCCUCCUAUCGAUUUGAUACCCCCGUCUCCCCGCAUACCCUCGGCCGGUCGACCCCGAAACUCAAUCUCAAUUACUUUGUGAACCCCCUCGAUGUGGAUAACUUUAGUGCCCGAAACUUCCGAGAGCUAGACUCGCGCGUGGAGGUGGAAUAUGUCAGGACACUGCGGAAUGAAUGUGACGCCGAAGCCCAUGAGCGGGAACGGAGGUUGCAAGAAGCGCAGGGGUGGCUCUUCCCUGAUGUUGAGAAGAUGAAGAAGGCUCGCGCGAUGGAGAUGCCGAACUGCCGGCGUCUGGACCAACUGAAGACGAAGGGGAGAUAUUAA